AUGAGUGAACCCGUGACCACCCGCAAUGAGGGUGGCAAGGAGUUCCCUGCAAUGACUCUCUCCCCGGCCGAAGUCGAGCGCGAGAUCGAAGUGCAAGAGCAGCAAAGCCGGCAGUACUUGGAGAAUGAAUCGGUGUACGACCGGAUAGCCUUUUCCCGGAUCCCCUUUGGCGCGAAGAACACGCGAGCCCUGGUCAUUACUCUGGGCACCUUCGCUGCGUUCAGCGGAAUGCUGAGCGGCCUGGACCAGUCCGUGAUUUCUGGUGCUCUUCCGGGUAUCAGGAAGCAUUUCAUCGGCACCGGCGAAUGGGCGAGCAUGGACGAUCCGAAAUUGGCAAAUGAUAUUUCUCUCAUCUCGUCGUUGAUGCCUCUGGGUGCAAUGGCUGGUGCUUUGAUGAUGAUGCCGCUUAAUCACUACCUCGGCCGCCGGAACUCGAUCAUCGUCUCGUGCAUGUGGUACUCGCUGGGAGGCGGUCUUUGCGCUGGAGCACGGAGCGUGGGGAUGUUGUUUGCCGGCCGGUUCAUUCUCGGCAUCGGCGUUGGCAUCGAAGGUGGUUGUGUCGGUAUCUAUAUUUCUGAAUGUGUUCCGCCAGAGCUGCGCGGUAACCUGGUGUCGAUCUACCAGCUGAUGAUCGCUUUUGGUGAGGUCAUCGGCUAUGCCACGGGUGCUAUAUUCUUUGAUGUGCCAUCGGGCAGCUGGCGCUGGAUGCUGGGCUCGUCCGUCCUGUUCUCGACCAUCCUGUGGGCUGGAAUGUGCUUCCUGCCGGAAUCGCCGCGCUGGCUGGUGUCCAAGGGCAAGAACGGACGCGCAUGGCAGGUGUGGAAGUCGCUGCGUGAGGUAUCCGAAGCUAAGAAUCUGGAAGAGUACCUUGCCAUGGAGAUCACGGUCAAGAAUGAGGUUGAACGUUCGAACAAUGUGGCAUGGUGGCAGCGGUACAUGGAGGUGUGCCUUAUUCCACGCAACCGCCGCGCUCUCAUCUACGCCUCGGCGAUGAUUUUCUUCGGCCAGAUGACCGGUAUCAACGCGGUCAUGUACAACAUGUCAAACCUGAUGGCCAAGAUGAACUUUGAUGACCGCGAGUCCGUGCUCAUGUCGAUGGUCGGUGGCGGCGCGCUGUUCCUGGGUACCAUCCCCGCAGUGUUCACAAUGGACAAGUUCGGCCGCCGCGUGUGGGCGCAGAACAUCCUCGUCUUCAUCGUGGGUUUGGUCCUCGUUGGCGUCGGCUACCUGUACACCAACAAGGGCGACGCAUUCUUCCAAGCAAACAAGGACACCGCGCUGGGCCUCUUCUUCUCCGGCAUGGUCCUCUACAUGAGCUUCUUCGGCGCAUACUCGUGUCUGACAUGGGUCGUCCCCGCAGAGAGCUUCGACUUCAACACCCGCAGCCAGGGCAUGGCCAUCUGCUCCACCUUCUUGUAUCUCUGGUCGUUCAUCGUGACCUACAACUUCGACCGCAUGCAAGCGGCCAUGACCUACACGGGCCUGACGAUCGGGUUCUUCGGCGGUCUGGCGCUCCUCGGUUUCUUCUACCAGCUGCUCUUCAUGCCCGAGACCAAGGACAAGACGCUCGAGGAGAUUGAUGAGCUGUUUUUGAUGCCGACGCGGAAGCUUGUCGGGCUCAACUUGCGCAACUUGGUCAAGCAUUGGCGCUGGAUUUUUGGGGGCAUGCACCCGGUGGAACCCCGUGAGGUACGAACGGGUAAUACUGCCUCGGGCGACGCGGAGAAGCAUGAGAUCUCGGAAGCUCGAUUGGAGACGCUUUGA